UGUGGAAUUGAACCUACAUGUUAAAUGCACCGAAGAAGAUACAACAAAGGAUGUAACUAGCAAAGAUCUUGUCAGCCACGAUCCGCGUUUUACACCGAUUUCAGAGGGGCCAAAAGAUGUGGGUAUUUUAAUUGCAAAACUUCGUAAAGGACAAGAAAUUAAAGUUAAAUGCAUUGCCAAAAAGGGAGUGGCAAAGGAACAUGCUAAAUGGAGCCCAUGUGCUGCAGUAGCUUUUGAGUAUGACCCUUUUAAUAAACUUAGACACACACAUUAUUGGAAAGAGGAUGAUGAAAAAAAGGAAUGGCCACCAAGUAAAAAUGCUACAGAUGAUUUUCCUCCUUUGGAUGACGAAAUUUUUGAUUUUACUGCAAAACCAAAUAGAUUUUAUUUUGAAAUCGAGACAAUUGGUUCUAUGAAACCUGAAGAUAUCGUUAUGAAUGCAUUCAAAAAAUUAUUAGAAAAAAUUUCUUCAAUCCAAAUGGGCUUGCAUGCUAAUGACGUUCCUAUUAAUGGUAGGGAACCUGCUAGAGAUGUUUUUUAG